UACUUUAAAGUUAAAAAGAAAUACCAAAACAGUCACACUUGUGGACAAACACACAAAAAAAGAAUCUCCAAAUACAAUUAAUGUCUGUUUACAACAAUCUGUGAGUUUAUCUUAUCUAUUUCGACAUUCAAUAAGCUUGUUAUUGAAUAUAGAAAUUAACUACUGCAGCUCAUGCGAACACGCACGCUUAGCAUUUCGUUAUAGCAAUUUCAUUUUAAAAUGAUUCUAUUAUAGUGGUGCGUAUAACUAUUAUGAUUAUCUAUCGCCAGUUGAUCAGGACUUCAAACAAACUUCUUUUUCAAAUACAUACCCAUUCCGAACGUUGCUUGAGCUGUUCCUACUCGAAGGCAAUCUAUUUCGAAAGGUAUCCUCCAAUUUCGAGAGUCCGCAGCACCCCGCCAGAGGGCACUGCCCACAUUCCCAUUGUUCGUUUGACUCCCGCUCCUGUUGCCUAGCCGUGUAGUUACGUGUUAGGCUUUUCGAAUGUACUAUUUAUGAAGCAAAAUUCUUGUCUAAAAUCUUGACUAAUUCUUCCUAUGACUUGUCCACAAGUCGCUUUGGCUUAUCAAAGGUUCCUGCUGGUUAUGUGUGCCGUUAACAAGCGCAGUUGUAAUAAUCACUUGUUUCUUUUAGAAUUUAUCCGUCGUUCACAAUGUCACUAGUUAUAAACCACUUUAGAUAAAACACCAAGAAUUGAGUUAGAUUUAGCACAUGUGUUUAUUGUAAGUAUUUCUGGAUAGACAAGUAAACCGACUGCUAACUUGUCAUGCACAAGCUGAUGCUGAUUGUUUGGAGAUAAGGGCUCUUAUCUAACAAUCACACUUCCAUAAGGUAGAUAAUUAAACUUAAAGACAAGUAUAAAAAAAAAUAUUAAUGAGAAGGAAAUGAAACAUUUUUAAUUAAUUAGCAGUAAAAUAAAUUCAAGUAAAUACCUAAAUAGUUAUUACUUAGCAUAAUAACAUGAAAAUAUAUUUACUUAGAACUAAAACUUUGUAAAAGUCAUUACGCUGCCAUACUAGCCCCUGACCUGAGCUUUGGAUCAUCAUCUUCUACUAAAACUCUUAAAUAGCCCUUUAACUAUGACUAGCACGUGACUUCAGGUUUGGAGCUCCUGGAGGAUCUGGCGCAGGUGGACGUCAAACAGAUAAUGACGUGGUGCUCGGGUCGCAAGUACGAGGUGACGUCACCGGAGGAGGAGGUACUGUUCCACCUGGCGGACAGCUGCACGUGGACUUGCCUGCUGGGCGGCGGCCGGAGACCCUUCCACGUGCACGCCCUUGAUGUACAGAACACGCCGGGGUUCAACGCACGUCGACCUUACCAUAUCUUUGCGGAUAAAGUGGAGGUAUCUAUAGAUGAGAAGGUGGUGAGCUUGAUCCGCAAGGAGCCAGCAGUCAAGCCGAUAUACAGCAUCAACGACGCCGACGACAAGCCCUUCCUCAGGGCGAAGGGCAACUUCACAGCUGGCGUCUUCAAGGUGAAUUUUUAGCUAAGGUCCAACUGGUAAAGAAAAGAAUAUGCUGUUGAUGACAUGAGGUAGUUUGGAGUUCCUAAGUUUUUUAUUGAAUUCAACGAGGGACAAAAUAGUUAUUUCUGCCAAAUUUUGACAAUAUUAUAAAGUCUUUGCCCGUUCCUAACAUUUCUCGCGAUUUUUUUUAUCCUAUGGUAAGAGUACCAGGUAUUAUUUCUUGGAAUCUAUUAAAAGGCACAUUUGAUCAGUCAGGG